AUGAAGCUCAACGUCGCCAUCCUGCUACUACCAGCAGCCUCCGCGUACAGUUACGUCUCCGGCCAUCAUCACCACAAAUCUCAUGAUCACCAUCGCAAACAUCUCGGUACAGCUCCGUACGGCUUGAGUAACGGCACCGCCACCUUCGGUAGCUCAGGUCUCCUCUAUGCACCCACUGCCACUGCUGUGGCCGCUGCUCCAGUCGUCGCGCUCACUUCCAGCACGUCCCCAGCCGCCAAAGCUGCAGCAACGCCCGUCCCCGCGCCAGCCACAAACUCGGCAAAGAGCGCGAAGCGAGGCAUCAUCGUUAGCGGAGACGACACCGAUGCCAUAACGGCAGCGUUUGCCAACACAAAAGUCUCCUGGCUUGGCAACUGGUACUCCGGACCUCCACCCAACCUCACUCCAGCCAUGGGCAUGUCCUACGUCCCUCAAUUGUACAGCCCCCAAUACGUCGAAGACGGAUCAUGGGCCAGCAACGCAAAGAAGGGUGUGGCUGCAGGCGACAAAUAUUUCAUGAGCUUCGGAGAGCCGGCACAUUCUGGCAUAACCGCAGAGACAGCUGUCACUUCCUGGAUGCAGAACAUGGAGCCAUAUGCCGCUCAGGGUGUCUCACUUGGAACCCCAGGAAAUCUCCAGAACCCAGUCGACUUCGUAUGGCUCGGAAAUUUCCUCGAUUUAUGCGAGAAGGCCGGCUGCACCAUUGGCUUCGUGUGUGUUCACUGGUUUUGGACUCCGGGUGUUAAUGGCCAGCAAGAUUUCAAGAACGUCGUCAACAACGCUACCGCGAUGGCCAAGGGCAAGCCAGUCUGGGUCGACAACUUCGAAGCAACAGGGGAUAACGCCGGACAGAUCGAGUUCUUGACUAAUAUCAUUCCAUGGUUGGAAGACAACGACUUGGUCGCGCGUUAUGGAUACCUCGGCGACAAUCGCGCAACGGGAGGCUUCCUGCCUGAAACCGGAAAUGAGCUGUCGGAUCUUGGCAAGUUCUACGCAACCUUCUAA